AUGACGGAGGAAAAAUGUCACCAGGUGUAUAGAUCCAGACCAUUACAGGCGUUCAGUGCCCUUCUUUCAGAUGUUGUGCAAACCGUCCCGCCAGAGCUGUUGGGGUCGCUGUUGUACGAGGAACUGAUGGCGCAAAGAGACCGCCAUCUGUUCUUUGAAGGGGCCACAGGGGGCGCUCUGAAUUUUAUUCCCUUCUCACAGGGCAGAGACUCUCAAAAUGGCUGUCUGCUCUACCCUGGAAAGCGGGGAAUGAACCAUCUCAAUUUUCACAGAGUGGAGUUUGAGCAACAUCAAGACAAGUGUUUCUCCGUGAACUCCGAAAGCAAACCGUUCAGCUUCCAACUAAAAGGCCCCAUCCGACAGAUCAGCUCAGCCUCCUUGUUCAACAUCAGUUGUGUUUCUUUGAGAUCAGAUUAUUGUUGCGGAGUUUGGAGAUUUAGUGAGACCGAGGAACCACGUUUGCUGCAAGUUGUUAACACUGCUGAGGUUGCCACUUGCGUUAAUGUCAGUCCUCACGUUUUAGGUGAAAUUCUGGUGGCAAGUAAAAGUGGAAAAACUCACCUCUGGACUGUUGGCAAAGGGAUUCAAAAGGUUUGGGAAGAUGAUAGCAAUCUUUACUUUAAUGCAAAGUCAUCCUGGCGAUGGUGUGAGUUCUCUGCUCAUCCUAGGGUGAUGGUCUACGCCGACAGGACCGGUGCAGAACUCUGUGAUAUCAGGACAAGUCCUGCUUCCAAUCACACGCUGUUUCGCAUCAGCAGCACAGCUGAGUGUCGAAGGGGGGAGAGGUUAAUCUUAUGCAAAUAUCUAACGGACCCACACCCCUUUCACCAUCUUGUCACCACUCAGUACUCGGCCUACAUUAUGGACGAACGAUUACCGAGCUUGCCAAUGCUGAAGAUUGAUCACAUGAUGCAAUCCCCGCCAGUGUUUUGUCAUGUCCUUCCUGGUGUAUCCUCAUCCUGCGGGGAUGCUAGAAGCACCAAGAUUUUACUAGGUUCCCAAAGGUCUCAGGAAAUCACACAGCUGCAAUACUCAGGUAGCAGAUCAGAAGCGUACGUCAGUCUGGGUCCUCCUCAAGCUCUGCUUCGUCCUUGUGAUAGCCUCAAACACCUUCCUGUCCAUAUCCCUCACCGAAUGGACACAGCAAGCACAAGGCUGUCUUCACCAUCUGCAGGUCUGACGUGCAUCCAAAAGAGUGCAAGAGAUGGAAGUAAUGAAUCGAUCUGUGUGCUACAGCUGACCGAGGCAGGCGAUAUAUUCUGCCAGGUCCUAGAACACAAGCCGCUGGAUGACACUUCAGAGAAUGAAGCCCCAUCUAGUAAUGCAUCGAAAAACCUUUUACAACCAACACAUGAACAUGUGUCGAGUUCAGAUGAAGAGGAUGAAAAGGUGACUAACAGUCUAGCCAGUGAUGCGGAGCAGCCAUGCAGCGCUCAGAAGACACCCACCAUCAUGACUCAUGCUAAGCUUAGUGAGAAUGCUCUCGCUACUUGGAAACUCUGGCUACAAAAACUCUUUCUCAAGAGCCGCAAAAAGAAGCCACGUCCACGCAGUCCAAAACAGUUCACAGUUAACACAAGUGGUCUCCUCUGCCUGUCCAGUGACAAGGUGAGAGAAUUGUCUGAAGAGGAGCAUGUGAUGAGCAUGAGACAACAAUUGAGUGAGUGCAUGUCCAACCGUUCCUUGCUGGUUAGAAGGACUGGCUCCUCAGAACCUUCGGAUGUGGUGCCAUUUCCAGACGAAGUGGACACGGCAGCUUUCACCGACGACCUUAGUCAACGACUAACCCUGUCCUGGCACAGCCAGGAUAAUUGGCGAGAAUGGUGGAAUUACAGGCUAGGGCUUAGUAAGGAAGAGAAGAUGAAGGCAUUGAGGAGGAAGAGGAGGAAAGAAAAGGCGGCACGAUCGGGCGGUCGACGACUGGACCUCUCUGAUAGUUUCAGUUCGUCAGUCACCAAUCUGUCCGAGCUGGAUAGUUUCUCCGACUUUUCGGGCUGGUCAUCAAGUGAAGGGAGGUUGUCAGAAGGGAAUGAGACAUCGCAGUCUGAGGGCACAUUGGGGUGUGAGACCUCGCGAGCCAAGACGCCCACGUCCGUGCUCAGUGAGGAUUCUGCAGCUCAUGUACCGGUUACCCAGGCCACGACCGUCCAAAUUGACUCCACACCAUCAAGUCAGAAAAAGAACAAACGGCCUGCCGACAACUACCUCAGCUCUCUGUUUGGAUCACAGAACGAUAACUCUCAACUCGACAACUGCUUUGAUGCGGAGGAGCAUUCACUUCGGCCUGUGGCUCACUCCUCUCAGCAAUAUGGCUCCCAGUCACUGUCGCUCUCUCAGGGGUCGGUGCGGCGGCCGGGGUCACAGUCAUCACAACCAAAGAAAAAGAAAGCACGGAUGGGAUUUUGA